AUGAAGUUUAAACCAGACUUUUCUCUGAGAGAAAGUGAUGGUCUUUUGAGCCGUCCUGUUUUUACUCAAGAGCCACAUGAUGUCAUUUUUCCUUUGGAUUUAUCAAAAUCUGAGAUCAUCCUGAAUUGUGCUGCUAAUGGUCACCCUUCACCUCAUUAUAGGUGGAAGCAAAAUGGCACAGACAUUGAUUUUACCGUGAGUUAUCACUACAGGUUGGAAGGAGGCAGUCUUGCAAUCAGUAGCCCCCACACAGAUCAAGUUAUUGGCACGUACCAGUGCCUGGCCACCAAUCUUCUGGGGACAAUUCUGAGUCGGAAGGCAAAGCUCCAAUUUGCAUAUAUUGAAGACUUUGAAACUAAAACAAGAAGCACGGUAUCUGUCCGAGAAGGUCAAGGUGUGGUGCUUCUCUGUGGCCCACCACCACAUUUUGGAGAUUUAUCUUAUGCAUGGACCUUCAAUGAUAACCCCUUAUAUGUCCAAGAGGACAAUAGGCGAUUUGUAUCUCAAGAAACGGGAAACUUGUACAUUGCCAAAGUGGAACCAUCAGAUGUGGGCAACUACACUUGCUUUAUAACAAACAAGGAGGCCCAGAGAAGUGUUCAAGGUCCACCCACUCCAUUAGUGCAGCGUACUGAUGGUGUGAUGGGGGAAUAUGAACCAAAGAUUGAAGUGCGUUUUCCUGAAACUAUACAAGCUGCAAAGGAUUCAUCUGUAAAACUGGAAUGUUUUGCCCUUGGAAAUCCAGUACCUGAUAUUAGUUGGAGAAGGUGGGAUGGAAGCCCGUUGCCAGGAAAAGUCAAGUACAGCAAAACCCAAGCUAUCCUUGAAAUACCAAACUUUCAACAAGAAGAUGAAGGCUUUUAUGAGUGCAUUGCAAGCAACCUUCGAGGAAGAAACCUUGCAAAGGGUCAACUCAUUUUUUAUGCUCCUCCAGAAUGGGAACAGAAAAUCCAGAAUACAUACCUCUCCAUCUAUGACAGCUUGCUUUGGGAAUGUAAAGCUAGUGGAAAGCCAAACCCUUGGUACACGUGGUUAAAAAACGGUGAACGACUCAACCCAGAGGAGAGAAUUCAAAUAGAAAAUGGGACACUCAUCAUAACGAUGUUGAAUGUGUCGGAUUCUGGUGUCUACCAAUGUGCUGCAGAAAACAAAUAUCAGAUAAUUUAUGCAAAUGCUGAAUUGAGAGUUUUAGCCUCAGCUCCAGAUUUCUCCAAAAGUCCUGUUAAGAAAAAUUCAUUUGUUCAAGUUGGUGGGGAUAUUGUUAUCGAAUGCAAACCAAAUGCUUUUCCCAGGGCAGCUAUCUCUUGGAAAAGAGGAAUGGAGACCCUUAGACAAAGCAAAAGAAUAUUUCUAUUGGAGGAUGGCAGCCUGAAAAUAUACAAUGUUACUAGGUCAGAUGCUGGAUCAUAUACGUGCAUGGCCACAAAUCAGUUUGGCACUGCAAAGAACACUGGCAGCCUCAUUGUAAAAGAGAGAACUGUCAUUACCAUCCCACCUUCCAAAAUGGAUGUUACAGUUGGCGAGAGUAUAGUGCUACCAUGCCAGGUGUCGCAUGACCCCUCCAUUGAAGUGGUAUUUAUAUGGUUUUUCAAUGGAGAUGUCAUAGACUUAAAAAAAGGAGUGGCUCAUUUUGAAAGGAUUGGAGGAGAAUCUGUUGGGGAUUUGAUGAUAAGGAAUAUUCAGUUAAAUCAUUCAGGAAAAUAUCUCUGCACGGUACAAACAACUCUAGAAAGUUUAUCUGCAGUAGCGGAUAUCAUUGUGAGAGGUCCACCAGGUCCUCCUGAGGACGUGAAAGUGGAAGACAUUUCCAGCACUACUUCUCAACUAAGCUGGAGACCAGGCCCAGAUAAUAACAGUCCCAUUCAAAUAUUUACUAUUCAGACUCGGACACCAUUUUCUGUGGGUUGGCAGGCUGUUGCUACAGUUCCAGAAAUUCUCAAUGGCAAGACAUACAAUGCAACAGUGGUUGGUUUGAGUCCCUGGGUAGAAUAUGAAUUUCGUGUUGUUGCCGGCAACAGUAUUGGGAUUGGAGAACCAAGUAAACCAUCAGAAUUGUUAAGAACUAAAGCAUCAGUCCCUGUUGUGGCGCCAAUAAACAUCAAUGGAGGUGGAGGAAGUCGGUCUGAACUCGUCAUUACGUGGGAGUCAAUUCCAGAAGAACUUCAGAAUGGGGAGGGAUUUGGAUAUAUCGUCAUGUUCCGGCCAGUGGGCUCAACAACCUGGACCAAGGAGAAAGUAGCAUCUGCGGAAUCAUCAAGAUUUGUUUACAGAAAUGAAAGUAUCAUCCCACUUUCUCCCUUUGAAGUCAAAGUGGGUGUGUAUAAUGAUGAAGGAGAAGGAUCCCUGAGUACGGUGACCAUUGUCUACUCCGGGGAAGAUGAACCUCAACUGGCCCCAAGAGGAACUUCUGUCCAGAGUUUUUCUGCUUCUGAAAUGGAGGUUUCAUGGAAUGCUAUUGCCUGGAAUAGAAACACGGGAAGAGUGCUGGGCUAUGAGGUCUUAUACUGGACAGAUGACUCCAAGGAAUCCAUGAUUGGUAAAAUUAGAGUUACUGGAAAUAUCACAACCAAAAACAUCACAGGGCUGAAAGCUAAUACCAUCUACUUUGCUUCCGUGAGAGCUUACAACACGGCUGGGACAGGGCCCUCAAGCCCCCCAGUCAAUGUUACCACCAAAAAGUCUCCUCCAAGUCAACCACCAGCAAACAUUGCCUGGAAGCUGACCAACUCUAAAUUAUGUUUGAACUGGGAGCAUGUAAAAACCAUGGAAAAUGAGUCUGAAGUUUUGGGAUACAAGAUUCUGUACCGGCAAAACAGACAGAGUAAGACUCAUAUUUUGGAAACAAACAAUACAUCAGCUGAGCUUCUGGUACCAUUUGAAGAAGACUACCUAAUUGAAAUAAGAACAGUCAGUGAUGGUGGGGAUGGAAGCAGCAGUGAGGAAAUUAGGAUUCCAAAAAUGUCAAGUUUGAGUUCCAGAGGAAUUCAACUCUUAGAACCUAGCACGCAUUUUCUGUCAAUUGUCAUUGUGAUUUUUUACUGUUUUGCUAUUCAGCCACUUAUCCGAUGA